AUGGAGGAUGACAGGAUCAGUAAGUUGCCAGAUGAAAUCCUCGGUCACAUUAUCUCAUUUCUCCCAUCUGAAGAUGCUUUUACCACACGUCUACUUUCAAAGGGGUGGAAGCCACUGUGGCUUCUAUGUCCUAGUCCCAAUCUCGACUUUGAUGAUCUAAGGUUUUUCAAAAAAGAAGAACCAUACAUUAGCUUUAAAGAUAUGGUAAAUCUCACGAUUAUCGAAAGAAGUGAGCACCAACCAAUCAAAAGCUUUCGCCUAAGAUGUCAUGAAUCUCAUGAUAGCUUUAUGGGUGAAUUCAGUUCAAUGUUAUUGUUAAUGGCCAUAGAACGCAGAAUGGAGUACAUUGAUAUUCAUAUGUCUGAUACCUGGAAAUUCAAUAUCAAUUGUUUUAUUUUUCGUUUUAGUAACCUUGUUGUUCUAAAGCUGAAAUUUGUAUGCUUGGAUCUUUUUCUAUCUGCCAACCUUCCCUCACUUAAAAUUUUACAUUUGAAUAGUGUUCAUUUUUUCGAACACGGGUUUAUUUUGGACAUUCUUAAUUCUUGUCCAAUUCUUGAAGAUUUGGAAAUGAAAGAUUUAUCAACUGGGUAUUGGUCACACGACUACGAUGAUGAAGAGGUUAAAAUGUUAACCAAUUUGGUCAGGGCAAAUGUUUCUAAUUUGUCUAUUUAUGAUGUUGAUAUGAAAGUCUUUUCCAAUGUUGAGUUUCUUCGGUUAGAAAAGAUGUAUGGGGGUGUUCCUGUGUUUACCAAUUUAACUCAUCUGGAGAUUUUCUUUGGAAUACUUAUUCGCUGGACUUUUGUAUUUUAUAUAUUGGAUAGUUGUCCCAAGCUUCAGGAUUUUCUCCUUGAUAUGCCUCUAACACCAAAUAUUUACAAUCUUGAGAUUUUCCCAAAUAUUUUGACUCAACGCCUUUCUUUGGACUUAAAAAGUUGUACUAUUACAAAUUAUAGAGGAGAGAAAGAUGAAUUGCGUUUUGUACAACUCAUGUUGCUGAAUUCCAUUUCUUUGGAGAGCAUGAGACUCCACUGUUUGCCUUCUUUGAAUUCCCAGGAAAAGCUUGAAAUGCAGAUUGAAUUGUUGUCGUUCCCCCGGAGCUCUGUUAAAUGUGUGGUUUAUGUUGAAUGA